CUGUAUCUUCUCAGGUUUAAACCUGUUACUCUCCACAGUGAGAGACAUCUUUUAUACAUUCAUGUUAAUUUGCUAAAAGGGUCAGAACAAAGAAGAAAAUGAGGAUAAUGCUUAUACAAGUGUUUGGCUUCUUGAUAUCCACUGUUGGUUGGGCUCUUGUGUGCUGCACGGUGGGAAUGGACUAUUGGAGAAUAAGCUACAUAGGUCGUCAAGGAGGCUCCUGGGUCAUUAAGGCUGCAUGGUACUGGUCCACCCUUUGGAGAGCCUGCUAUAUAGACUCCAGCGAUGUGACCAACUGCAGGGACUUUGACACCCUGUGGGUUGUGAACCCUGCAACUACGUCAGAAAAAGGACCGAUACAGGCCGUGAGAGCUUUGUUGCUAGUUGGAAUGUUUCUGGGAGUUUUCGCUGCCAUACUUAGCUUUAUUGGAAUGGACUGCACAUAUAUUGGUGGAAAGAAGAAUACCAAGUACAAAAUAUUACUGGGAGGAACUCUUCUUCAUUUCGUUGGAGGUUUGUCUUGCUUUGCUGCUUAUGGCUUGUAUGCAGGUAGACUGGGCUCAGUCUUCUUCACGCGCCUGAAUGAUGGACGCAUUUUGAGGUAUUACAUAGGCACUCCAGUAUUCUUUGGGUUGGUAGGCAGUCCUUUCAUAAUUUUGGGGUCUGUUCUGUAUGCUGUAACACUCUAUAAAGCCUUCACAACAAAUAGAGGGAAGGACAUUUCAACUUCAAAAAAAUACAUAUCUCCUAAGAAAUACAAGGGACAGAAGAGACUUCAAAUAUUACAGAACAGAGACAACAAAGAUGAUGCGGCAUCGACUGACUCCAGGUCCUCCAGCCAAUCAAGUGGCCAAGUAUCAAGAAGUUCUAUAAUUCUGACAGAAAGAGAUUCUUUUGUUUGAAUGUUAAAUCAUGGAAAAUAUUUCGAACACUGUAAAUAUCAGGUACCAUUAGAGGUUGAAAGUUUAAACCCUAUGUACACCGGUUGCAGUUUAUAUAUGUUUAAAAAAAGUCUAUAUAGCUAUGUUAAAAAUUUCAAGAUUUUAUUAUGUAAAAAUUCAAUUACUGAAAAUGUCAGAUGUGAUGUAGGUG